CUAUUGAUAAACAAUGUUUCUCUUUUAUUUUCAGAGGAAUUAUGUCAAUGUCCUCAAAAAUGUGAUGAACGUAUACCAAGGGACGUACGAGAAAGACUGUUCAAUCAUUUUUAUAAUCUCGGAGACGCCGAUAAACAAAAUACAUUCCUCCGUCAACACAUGGACGUGAAAACGCGGUGUUCAAUUAAUACAUUAACCGGAUCUACAUCGCCCCUCGAUCCAACAACAUCUUCACCGACAAGAAACGGUCCCGGAAUAAGAGGUCCGCGUAGAAUAACUUGCAGAUACCUAGUACCUUUAUUACCCGGCGAUAAAACAACGGACGUUUGUCAAAAAGCUUUCGUAAGUGCCUUCGUGAUAACAACGAAACGCGUUCGAUUGCAACGCGAAAAAUUAAUAAGCAGCAUGGGUCUCAACAAGUACAGUAACGGAAGUGGUACGAAAACCGUCAAAAACUACAAUAACAACAACGUUUUGAUGUUGUGCGAUUCGAAUUCGGAUAGUUCGUCGAAUGAGAGUCGGUUUGACGAGGAGUUGAGACGAUUUGGUAGACAGUUUCAAACGAACAAUUUAUGUUUUAAAGAUGGGAGAAGGAACGGUGAUGAUCCGUUUGUUCCUUUGGGAUUGAUCGUUCCCGAUAGUGUCACGAUAACGCCCAUUAUGCCAACGGUGAUCGAUCACGACGCGGAUAUAGCCAUCGUGAACAAUUUCUUUUCGAAUCAAUUGUGGAAACCGGAAUAUCUUAAAUCGUAUUCAUGAAUGUUUUGAGCACCAUUCAAAUCCACAAUUUUCAUCAGUACUUAGAUUUUUUUUUUAUUUAUUCAUUUUUUUUACACCAGACCAAAAAAUGAAGGCGACCAAAUCUGGAAUUCAAUUACUUCACUACAUUCCAGAUGUUAUAUUUUCGUUUUAUUUUAUCUUUUUUUACCAAUUUGUGCAAGAUUUAUUACCUAAUAUACGUAUUGUUAUUUAUAUUUGUACAACUCUAGAAUGUAUAGUCUAUUGUUAUUAAAAAAAGAAGAGUAUAUUCUAUGUUUCUUAUAUUAGGUAAAUGAUUAAAAUCAUAAAAGUGAUGUUUUCUUUUUAAUAAAAAAAAUAAAAACUAA